AUGGUCCCACCCCGCGCAAUCCCCUCGCCCCCAGGAGAAGGGAUGACAAGCAAGGCGCUCCCUGCAGGGCUGUUGUGGGCGACGAGAUGCCCCGGAGCAGUGAGCCCGCCGGGAAGUCUCCGCCGGGCGGGCUCGGCAGCUCCCCCUCGCUCGGCGCUCCUCCUGCCCCCUUUGUUCAGCUCCGACGACGGCGCGCCUCCCCGAGGCUCCUCUCCGCUGGCGGGCCCCGUCGGCGUCUCUCCCGCUCCGAGCGCCGGCCGCCUCUGCGCUGCGCCUUUCCCCCGGCCGCCCCGCACCCCUCACGGUCCCAGCUCCAGCCGAGGCAUCGCGCCGCCACCAACCAGCACAACGGCGGCAACAAGCAGUCAGGCCUCCGACCCGGAAACUCAUCCGCCGCCGGAGCCGCACUGGAAGCGGAUCUGCUGCUCCACCGGCUCAGGAGGAGGAGGGGGGGAGGGAAGCUGGGCGGAGCCUCGACGGAGGAGGAAAGCGAAACCCCGGGUGGGGCUGGGCGAUGCGGCUCUCCCCGGAGCGAGAGAGGGGAAAAGAGCGCUCCGGAGAGGCGACCCGAUUUUGUUGCUUGAAGUUCCCAUUGAAGGACAUAAGAAAAAGAGAAGGAAAAUGUUGUUGGAAACCAAACUUCAAAGAGGCAGUGAUGUAACACAGAGCAUCUUGGAUUAUAUACUGGAAACCACUAAACCAAUUUCACCAGGAAAUCAAGGUAUUAAAGGAAAGCGAGUUCUGCUAAUGAAGAAGUUUCCUCUUGAUGGCGAGAAGACAGGCAAGGAUGUGUCCCUUUUUGUUGUACCAACAGUUGUCAAAGAUAAUACAAAGUAUACGUACAAUCCUGGCUGUCCAAUUUUCUACUGCUUACAAGACAUCAUGAGGGUCUGCAGUGAAUCCAGCACUCACUUUGCAACACUUACCGCUAGAAUGUUAAUUUACUUGGAUAAAUGGCUGGAAGAACGACAUUCACAAUCGCAUUCUAUCCCAGCUUUAUUCAGACCAUCUCCCUUGGAGCGAAUUAAAACAAAUGUCACAAACCCCGCAUAUGCUGUUGAACCUGGUCAGACAGAGAGCUCACUUCACAUGGGAUAUACUGCAUUAGAAAUCAAAAGUAAAAUGCUGGCACUUGAGAGGGCAGACAUGUGCAUCUACAACCCUUUGUUUGGGUCAGAUCUUCAGUAUACUAACAGGGUUGACAAAGUGGUUAUAAAUCCAUACUUUGGACUCGGAGCCCCAGACUAUUCAAAAAUACAGAUCCCAAAACGUGAAAAGUGGCAACGCAGCAUGAGCAGUGUCAUGGAAGACAAGGAACGUCAGUGGGUUGAUGAUUUCCCUCUUCAUCGCAGUGCCUGUGAAGGAGAUUCUGAGUUAUUGAGCCAACUUCUAGAUGACCACUUUUCAGUUAACCAGCUGGACAGUGACCACUGGGCACCCAUCCAUUAUGCAUGCUGGUAUGGAAAAGUUGAAGCCACCCGAAUGCUGCUAGACAAAGGGAAAUGCAAUCCAAACUUGCUGAAUGGACAGCUUAGCUCCCCACUUCAUUUUGCUGCUGGCGGUGGGCAUGCCGAUAUUGUUCAGAUACUCCUAAACCAUCCAGAAAUUGACCGGCACAUUACUGAUCAACAAAGAAGAACCCCAUUGAAUGUCUGUGAAGAGAACAAACAAAAUGAAUGGGAGAAAACAGCUAACUUGCUGAAGGAGGCCAUAAAUAAGCCGUAUGAAAAAGUGCGCAUUUAUCGAAUGGAUGGAUCAUACCGCUCUGUGGAGCUGAAGCAUGGAAACAACACUACUGUGCAACAGAUAAUGGAAGGAAUGCGUCUUUCCCAGGAAAAACAGCCGUACUUCACUAUUUGGAUCUGCUCUGAAAACCUUAGUCUUCAGCUGAAGCCAUAUCACAAGCCUCUGCAGCAUGUUCGUGAUUGGCCAGAAAUACUCACUGAACUGACAAAUCUGGAUCCUCAAAGGGAGACGCCACAGCUUUUCCUGAGGAGGGAUGUGAGACUACCUCUUGAGGUUGAGAAAAAGAUUGAAGAUCCUCUGACUAUUCUUAUCUUAUUUGAUGAGGCCAGGUACAAUUUGUUGAAGGGUUUCUAUACCUCACCUGAUGCCCAGCUGAUAACACUUGCAAGUCUGCUGCUCCAGAUAGUUUAUGGAAAUUAUGAGAGCAAAAAACACAAACAGGGCUUCCUAAAUGAAGAAAAUUUAAAAUCUAUAGUACCGAUCACCAAAUUAAAAAGUAAGGCACCGCACUGGACAAAUCGAAUACUUCAUGAAUACAAGAGUCUCAGUACUAGUGAGGGCGUGAGUAAAGAGAUGCAUCACCUGCAGCGCAUGUUUUUGCAGAACUGCUGGGAGAUUCCCACCUAUGGAGCUGCUUUUUUCACAGGACAAGUAUUCACAAAGGCAAGCUCAAGUAAUCAUAAAGUCAUCAGAGUGUACGUCGGAGUAAACGUCAAAGGACUGCAUCUUCUCAAUAUGGAAACCAAGGCUUUGCUCAUAAGUUUAAAAUACGGUUGUUUUAUGUGGCAAUUGGGAGAUGCAAAUACCUGUUUUCAAAUACAUAGUCUGGAAAACAAAAUGAGCUUUAUAGUUCAUACCAAGCAGGCAGGUCUCAUUGUAAAAUUGCUGAUGAAAUUGAGCAGCCAGUUGAUACCUAGUGAAAGAAGCAACUGAAAUAAAUUGAAAAUGGUUCUGCAGUGAUUUGUGUGAAGCAAAACCCAAAGUAUUAUAAAUAAAAGCCUUGCAUGUGUGUGAGUUGUACAGACUGAAAUAUGUUCAAUACAAUGGAAGUUGUAUUGUUUGUUUGUAAAACUGUAUUGCAGUUGUUUUGCUAUAACCUUUCAGAGGUUUCAUUUGCAAAGCCAUGAGAUGAAAUCAUGGCUGACAUCCAGAUUACCACUGCAUGUGUGGAAAAACAUUCUGUGUGUGCAACAGGGGAGAGGUGCUGUUCACCAUUUUGCCCUUUCUCUGCAGCCCACUAGGCCUGCCCAGAAAUAGGUUUCUUCAGUGACAUAUUUUCAGGAGGCACAGUGCGCUGCAGUUGAAAGGGGGGCUUAGCAAAAAUCGCUCAUUGCCCGUUUUAUAUGUGGAAUGUUCUUCCACAUGCACAUCAUUAUUCUGGAUGUCAGCCCUUAUUUUGUGUAGAAAGCAUGUAUAUACAUUCAGUUGGACCAGUAUUAAAGAAAACCAGGUAUACUGUUGUUCCGGAUACAUUGUCAACAUUCUUCUGUUGUUGCACAUGAGUACAAUUACCAUACAGCAUAAUCAGAAAAAUGUCAUGAAAUUUACAGAAACAUACCAUAUUUACCCAAAGAUAAGAUGACUCUGAAUUUAAGACAAGCCCCUUAAAAAAAUACAGGUUUUACCUCUAUUUACCAAAUGAGGACUCUGAAUUUAAGAUCGCCCCCUUAUUACUAACAUCAAAAACUUGCAAGUCUUGGAUUAAUGUACAUACAGUAACUUGUAGUAGGCAGUAAGCAUCCUAUAUUGAGCAUAGUGCAAUUUAAUAAUUACAAACUGAACUCCAUGGCUGGGAUUAAACAACAUAUACACACCAGGCAUUUCUCACUCCCUUCCCAGUGCAGCUCUUAAAAGGGGGGGGGAUGCUGACAGCAUGGGUAGCCCUCCAGAGCAGCAUUGAAUCCUGUGCAAGUGGUUGACGCCAGAAAGGGAAAUCAGCAAAUCCUCCUAAUGAAUGUUGUGAAUGUUAUACACUUGUGUAUAGAGCUCAUUCAAAUCUGACUUAUUUUAUUUUUAAUUGGAGUUUCUUCAUCACUUAACUGAAAAUAAUGGGUAUAAGAUAUAACAAAAUAUAUACUGCUGUAUAUUAGGGGUGUGCAUGAACUGGUUUGAAUGUCUGGCGGUUCAGCUGGUUCGAAGGUGGGAGGGGGAUAUCUUUAAGGAUGUGGAUGGGUGCUCUUACUCCUCCCGCUGUGUUUCCCCCGCCAGCACUGUCUUUUAAAACAAUCUGACGAGGUGGCAGUGUACCUCCAUGCUGCCCCGGUGUCUCCUCAGACUGGAAGUGCCUGGUGUGUGUGCACGUACAGGGGAAACUCAACGGAAGGGGUAAGAGCACCCUCCCCCAACCUUAAAGAUAUCCCGCCCCCACCGAACUGGCAGGCGCCAGUUCUGUGCACACCACUAUUGUAUAUUGAUUUGGAAUACUGUAUGGAGACUGUCCACCUUUAAUUGGGUCCAAUGUGUUGUGUACUUAUUGCAUUUUUAUACUUACAAAAUGUUAGUUUUAUAUAUAUAAUUUAUUUUGUUUAUGAACAACAGAUUUUUAAAUAUAUAUAUUUGUAUAAAGCUUAGACUUUAGUUGGUUUUUGCUUAAAAAAAUAUUCUGUUGAAUAAGCCAUUAUUGUUGAUUUUAGUAUGCAUACUCAUGUCUGUGCCUUUAUGAAUCAAAAUUAAUCUUGUAUGAUGAAGGGUAUAGGAAUGCUUCUGAUAUUACAAUUUAAUUCAUGAGGGCAUUCCUGUAAGUUUCUCCCAUGAAUAAAGUCUUGGCUCCAAGAAGAGCAGUAACCUUAAAAAAACAAAACAAACCCCCCCAAAAACCAACCAUUAAAAAGCUGAAAUACCAUCAAGAAGGUUCACUACUGAAAUUAAACAUAUCUGCAGAAUAUGUGCUUUAUUCUACUGGCAAAUGAGCUGUAUUUGCAAAUGGUACUGAAUUGUAUUGCCUAUACCUGAAGCAACCCCCCGCAGCUGUUCUGAGCUGAGUUUUUAAAUAAAUAAUAAUAAAUACGGUUGUUAUUUAACAUCCAGGAACUGUAUACCAUAGCGCUUCAUGCAUGUAUAUAGGUUUUACUGCUUAUGUUUCACUUAAACAUACAUAAUUGCAAUGUUCUUAUUUAUUACUACUAUCAAAUAAACAGAUUUGCAGUA